UCACACGACACCGCUAGCUUCGCACUCCACCCGCGGCAGCCAUGAUGCAAGAAGGGCUGGACGAUGGUCCCGAUUUUCUCUCGGAGGAGGACAGAGGAUCUGAUUCAAAUGGUUCACAGCCCAGAGCCGUUAAUGUGGAUCUUCAGACUGAUGCUACACUACAAGUGGACAUUUCAGAUGCUCUGAGUGAGAGAGACAAAGUGAAGUUCACCGUCCAUACAAAGAGUACUCUACCUAACUUCAAGCAGAAUGAGUUCUCUGUGGUGAGACAACAUGAAGAGUUCAUCUGGCUCCAUGACUCCUUUGUGGAAAAUGAAGACUAUGCUGGAUUUAUCAUCCCGCCUGCCCCCCCAAGGCCGGACUUUGACGCGUCGCGGGAGAAGCUGCAGAAGCUGGGUGAAGGUGAAGGCUCCAUGACCAAGGAAGAGUUCACCAAGAUGAAACAGGAGCUCGAGGCUGAAUACUUGGCCAUCUUCAAGAAGACUGUGGCGAUGCACGAAGUGUUUCUCUGCCGCGUUGCAGCACAUCCCGUUCUGAGGAAAGACUUAAACUUUCAUGUGUUCUUGGAGUACAACCAGGAUCUGAGUGUACGAGGCAAAAACAAGAAAGAGAAACUGGAGGAUUUCUUCAAGAACGUGGUGAAGUCUGCAGACGGAGUCAUUGUGGCCGGAGUGAAAGAUGUAGAUGACUUCUUUGAACAUGAGAAGACAUUCCUUUUGGAGUACCAUAACCGUGUUAAAGAUGCCUCUAUCAAAUCCGACCGAAUGAUCAGAUCUCACAAGAGUGCUGCAGACGACAUCAACAGAAUUGCUUCAACGCUCUAUACUUUAGGGACCCAGGACUCAACAGACGUGUGCAAAUUUUUCUUGAAGGUCUCAGAACUUUUCGAAAAAACACGGAAAAUUGAGGCCCGAGUUGCUGCUGAUGAGGACCUAAAGCUUGCUGACUUGUUGAAGUAUUACCUCAGAGAGUCACAAGCUGCCAAGGACCUCCUGUACAGACGAGGAAGGGCGUUAGUUGAUUACGAAAAUGCCAACAAAGCUCUGGACAAAGCCAGAGCUAAAAACAAAGAUGUCCUUCAAGCAGAAACCACACAGCAGGUGUGCUGUCAGAAGUUUGAAAAAAUCUCAGAAUCAGCGAAACAAGAACUGAUAGAUUUCAAAACAAGAAGAGUAGCAGCAUUCAGAAAGAACUUGGUGGAACUAGCUGAGCUUGAGCUCAAACAUGCUAAGGGUAAUUUACAACUGUUGCAAAGCUGUCUGGCGGUUCUAAAAGGGGACACUUAGAGCCAAACUCCAGGUUCACUGUCUAGGGCUUUUCCUGCUUGGGUAUCGUCUUUAUCUGGAGUAUGGAGUACGGGGUCUGUUUGUCAACAAACAUCUGUAUGUAUCACUAGCAGAGACACCACUUUUCCUCCAGUACCCCCUGAAAGUGAUGUGGCUCACUGGAAGAUUUCACAAGUGCACACAGCACAACAACCUGCAACUUCAUUUAAUCACAUCGUGUAACUUUUGAUUGUUAAUUGUCCUUUUUCAUGGGAGUUGCUCCAUCGACACACUUACAUCUCUUGUGAUUUCUUUCUAAUUGUCUUCUUUUUUUGUGUGUUUAUUUUGGCUUAUUGUGAUGCUUUGGGUGAUCCUUUUGUAUGGAUGCUGCUCAGAAGUCUUGUUGAAAUUGAGCUGAUUGUUUGUUUGUUUCCAUGAUUGAAGUGUAUGGUCACUCAAAGCCUUGUACAAGUUGUAUUAGUUUUCAUUGUAUUGCUAUAUUAUCUUAAUCAAACUAAUAGGUUUUGUAUUACUCUUUAGGAAAUUUAUUACAUUAGUUACAUCAGUUUUUCAUUCCUGACAAGUAAUGCAUCAUUGUUUGCCUUAAUAUAUAGACUAAUCUGAUAUUGUAAAUCAUAAAUGAAUACUUUUUUGUUUUUCUCCAGGCUUCUUAAGUGCACUGCAUAUGAGUGUGUGUUUUCAAUAUGUGACUUAAGUAUGUGACCAAAGUGUCCAUUUAUUCAGAUGGAGGAAUGCUGACAUAAACAGUAAUCAUGAUGAUAAAAUGACAAUGGACAUAACGCAAAUAAAUAAUACUGUUUACCAUA